CUUUUCUUCUCCUUAUUUCUCUCCGACCGUUCGAGUUUCAGUGGCGUUUGACUGCGGUUUUGUGGGGGAAUGGCGACUCUUUGACUCUGCUCGGACUGCGUUAUUUUUUUUUCCUGGCCAUUUGCUGCGGCUGUUGAUUCGAAGUUUUGGGUUUCGUUUUUUCUUGGAAAUCUUUAAUGUUAUAGUCUUGUAAUCCGUUCAUGGGUUCAUCGCAAGAGAAGCUGCUUUUGGCUGCUUGGACUUUAGAUUUAGAUGCUGAAGUUUAUAGUUUGGCUGAGUUAGGACCCUGCAUAUAGUAAGGAAGAAAGCAUGAACUUCUAUACUUCAGAGGAAUUUAAAAAAAAAGGAAAAAAGAAAAAAAUUCCUGAAUGUAAUGGGGCAUUUGCAUGAUCUAACUGGACUACUCUAUCUAAAAGGUUUCAGAGUUAGUUGUUAUUAAGAUUUGGGUUUGCUAAUGAAAUUUUGAAGUUCUUUCUCAGCAUUCUCAAAUUGUGAGUUAGAUUUUUAUAUCUACUUCUGCAAACACCGGUUGGCCUUCAACUUGUACAUGAUGGAUCUUUCUAUAUGAGGCUCAAUCCCAUGGAGGUUGCUCCUGCAGUGCCCCUGGCAGAGCCGUGACAAAUGGCCCGACCACUGGCAUUGCUUUCCCGCCAUUUGGGGGGGCACCUAUUGGCCUGGAAAUGUGGAAAGAUUGCCAAAUACAAAGUCGAUCGUCCUGUGAGCACAUCCAUUUACUUCUUGCUGCCUUCCGGGAGUGUGACACUCCUCCAUCGGAUACCGUGUGCAGAAACGUUUCACUUUUACCUUGGAGAGCCUCUGACGGUAUUCGAGCUAUAUGAAGAUGGAAAUAUCAAGCUAACCUGUGUUGGACCUGAUCUACUGGGGGAAGACCAGCAACCACAGUACACAGUGCCUCCAUACGUUUGGUUUUGUUCAUUUCCAACAAAUGACUACACCAUUUCCACAGAUGGACCCAUGAAAGUUCACAAAGCUGAACCAAGGGAUGCAGAGAACCACUACUCUCUUCUGGGGGUUACUUGCGCCCCUGCCUUUCAGUUUGAGGAUGCUGAGGUGGGAAAACGGGCUGAGUUAGUUUUGCAAUUCCCACACCUCGAACCUCUCAUCUCCUUGCUCACCUUGCCUGACUAAGGGUUGACUGCUCCAUAGUGCAUCUAGCACUUGAAAAACUGUUAAAGGUGGGAACAUCCUCGCUUGUUAUUGCCUAAUGAGAGUGCAUCAUGAAAGGUGCGGCAUUGGCUAUGAGCUUUGUGUUAGGAAGGUUAAAUAACUCUUUGCCUAGCAUGUAUUGUGAACUAACAUUAAAUAAUCGAAGUCAGAGAUGUUUUUAUGCUAUAA